ACAAGGGCACGGGGAGAAAGAAGCUGAUUGGAGAAGAAGAAAAAGAGAAACGAAGAUCAGGUUCGACUUCUAAUGCUUCUUCGUUCACCAUCCUAGAGCACAAAUGUGAAGAUUUUAUCUCUGUUUCUAGUUUAACAUCUGCUGCAUUGUACUUCUCCUUUUACUUCCUCAAAACCCUAUAUCUUUCCGAUUCAUCUCCUGUUUGUUUUACCGGAAAAUACUUUGCUAGCGCGGUCACGCCUACCUUUUUUUUUAAAUUUUUUUUUAAUUUGAGUUAUAAACAGUUUACUGAUUCUAAUCAUUACGAGGAAAAUGUGAAAUUAAGCAGUCACAGGCUUUAUCUAGGCUGACUCGUUGUUUGACUCAGUUGGGUUAGAAAUUAUAAAAUUUCCUCCUUUGAUAGAGAACUCAGUGGUGAGGAAGCUAAUACAGAAUGGCAAAACAUCAUCCUGAUUUAAUCAUGUGCAGGAAGCAACCAGGGAUUGCUAUUGGACGGCUAUGUGAGAAGUGUGAUGGUAAGUGUGUAAUAUGUGAUUCUUAUGUGCGUCCAUGCACCCUUGUCCGGGUCUGCGAUGAGUGCAACUAUGGAUCCUUCCAAGGUCGGUGUGUUAUAUGUGGAGGAGUGGGUAUUUCUGAUGCAUAUUACUGUAAAGAGUGUACUCAACAGGAGAAGGACAGAGAUGGGUGUCCGAAAAUUGUCAAUUUGGGAAGUGCAAAAACAGAUCUAUUUUAUGAAAGGAAGAAGUAUGGUUUCAAGAAGAGAUGAAAAUCUGGGUUAGUCAUGCUGCUGUGUAGUAACAACUUGCUUGCAGCUAGUGUAAGUUCAUGUCUAACAUUAGUAAUCUCCUUUGAGGUUGAAUUCCCAAUUGGGAAUGUUUUUGGUACCCUGUUGUUAUAAUUUAUUCUAGUUUUAAAAUGCAUUUAAACUUUUAGAUGUUC